AUGUUUUCCAGCACUCUGAUCCUCUUGGCGUUGGCGACGGAGGCAUGUCACGAUCUUUUAAUUAAGCCCCCGGUUGAGCAGCCCUGGCCGAACGACCUGUCUAGACUGGUGGCGGAGCGGUUGUUGGACGUGUUGGUUAAAAAUGGGUCAGCAUGGAUUCGAACCCACGAUCUAAACACCUACUUUACGGUGCGCACUUCAUUUGUUCUCGACUUCCUAGGCAUGGAGGUCAUCGCCGUCUGUGCCGCACAUAGCGCGCUCGUUGACUCACCCCGCACGGACUGGCACCUGUCCGCCGUAGACGAUGUCUUGGUCAUCCACCCCGCCAAGCUCCCACUCCAAGACCUAGACACAGAUGCCGCACUCACACCAGACCCUGAUCUACGGAACGCCCUAUUGACACAAGUACGCAGAGACAUACCAGAUGCCGAAUGGAACUCCAAUAACAAGCAUCUUGUCGGCGCCGCAAACCGACAGUCACCAACACAACAACAAGCAACUCACAAACCGCUCUACACUGGGCCCGAUCAGAUACCGGGCACCAGCCAAAACCCGGCCCCGCCGAGCUCCAAUUUGCAGCGCAUCAUCAGACAGUAUUUUCGAGGCCUGGCGGAACACUGA